GAGAUAAACAAUAUCAAUGUAUACGGUACAAUGUUUCACGUUGUUUGGAUCUUCAAGUGACUGAUGUGGUAUAGCAUUAUAACAGCAUUGAGAUAGCAGCGAGCAUUAUAAUUCUUCGGUUAAUAUCAUCUAUCAUUCGACACAAUUUCGAGUAUGACUUCGUCGAUUUCAUCACAAAGUAUUAUGGUCCAACCCAAUGAUGUCCUAUCGCAUGAUACAUGAGUACAGAGGACCGGUCAAGCUCGUCAUCUUCGACUGGGCUGGCACGGUCGUCGAUUGCGGUGUCUUCGCCCCUGUCCAAGCUUUCACCAACGUGUUUGCUCGGGAAGGCAUCGACGUACUCGUUGACGAAGUCAGGGCGCCGAUGGGAGCGCACAAGAGGGUUCACAUAUCCCGCAUGGUUCAAAUGGAUCGCAUCGCUGCUACUUGGAAGGCGAAGAAAGGGGAAGCCCCUAAUGAGGAUGAUGUUGAAAGAAUGUAUCGAAACUUUCUACCUGAACAGAUCAAAGCUUUGGAAUCACACGCCAAUAUGAUAACAGGCAUCCCAGACACCAUCCGUCAACUCCGGGAGGAUUACGGGAUCCGGAUCGGGACAUCGACAGGCUUUACCAGCGAGAUCAUGGAGCACCUCACCCCGAGGGCCGCCCAGCUGGGAUUCGAUCCCGAGUUCGUUGCCACGUCCGACUUGGUCAAGGAAGCAAGGCCAACUCCCAGCCUCAUCUUUCUGAACAUGAUCAAUUUAAAUGUGCAUCCGGUACAAGCUGUGGUGAAGGUUGACGACACAAUUACUGGAAUCACUGCGGGACUUGCCGCCGGUUGCUGGACAGUCGGCGUAGCCAGAACUGGCAACUACAUGAGUGCUACCGAAGAUGAAUUAUCCAACAUGGACAAAGGCAUCCACGACGAAAGACUGAAGAAAGCUUACAAAAUUCUCAUCGACAGCGGAGCCCAUUACGUCAUCGAUUCCGUCAAUGACAUCGUGCCGGUGAUCAAUGACAUCAACCGGCGUUUGGCGCUAGGUGAAAAACCAUGAUUGAGUCGACGUCGGAAUCGUAAAUUUCAUUGGCAUGCUGUCGAUGCCCGCCUCUUUAUCAUUAAAUAUCGAGGUUGCUGACAAAUACCCCCCCCCCCCGUGGCGGACCGUGACCCGGAGGAGACAAAGCAUUGGGGGCACAGUAUUGUUUACAGACAAUGCAGUGCCCCCCAUGUUUUGUCUCCGCCGGAUCACGGUCCGCUACUGCCCCCUCCCCCAUCCCGGCCAUCCUCUUGAGUGCAUUUUCACUGGCUUUUGAAGUGACGACAAUUAUUGAUCACUCGAUUUGGACUCAAACAAAAUAAUGUUUUACAAUAAUUUCAUUCUAAAAAGGGAAAAUUCACUCAACACCUGCAUAAAAGUUACCCUAUAUCUAGUGAAAUUUUUGUCACCAUUGAAUUUAUAUACGAGUGAAUAUUAUUCAUUCGACGUUUUUAGAGAGUAAGCAAUGAUGUGCGUUGCAGUUAUUUGUUGCUAAAUUGCUUUCCGUUGAACGUCGUGCAAAUUAUGUUACUCAGAAUCGGUAAAACAGCUGUGAUUAAAGAUAUACCAUUAUAACUUGCCAUGAAUUUUAGGUUACACUUCGUAAUUCCAAAGGUUCGUAAUUCCGAAUCACGUAAAUUGCCUAUACCUCGAUGUUCGUUAAUCC